AUGCCACCCAAAAAAGAUGAAAAAGGUAAGGGUCAACAAAAGCCUCGUCGCACUAGAUUCAUUGUAGAGGAGGUUCCUAACUCAGAUAUGUUCGUUCCUAUGCCACGCUCUACUCCACGCUCUACUACACCGCCUAUGCAUCCUACACCGCCUAUGCAUCCUACACCGUCUAUGCAUCCUACACCGCCUAUGCAUCCUACACCGCCUAUGCAUCCUACACCGCCCAUGUCUGGAUCUUUCACUGGAUUACUAUCCAUGCCCCCUGGAUCAGGUUUUUUUUGUCCUCCUGGAUACUCUUACCCCACAUAUUUUCCUACGGAGACAGGUGGAUCUAGCAUGCCAUUACCCAUGCAUAUGGGGACAGGUGGAUCUGGUAGCAUGCCAUUACCCAUGCAUAUGGAGACAGGUGGAUCUAGCAUGCCAUUACCCAUCCCUUCAGAGGAUGAUACCAGUGCUCCUGGAGAUACUAGUGCUGAGGAGCAAACGAAGAGGAAGCGUAUUUUGAAAAAAAAUACGACUCAAAAAAUUAAGUAUCAUGAGGGCAGACUAAUCAUUUAUCCCGAUGCAGGAUCAAUUGUUCCCUCACAUCAGGCAGUAUCGAUCAUAACAAAUAUUAUAAAAGAGAAGUACACACAAUUCUGGCCGUCUUAUGGAGCUGUACAUGAAGAUGAAAAGGAAAAAUGGUUUCAGGCAUUUCAGGAGCAUUGUGUUUGGGAUGUUAGAGAUGAGGCCGCGAUUAAAGAAAACUUUCACACAAAAUGUGCUGCUCGAUUUUCUGAUACCAUGAGGAAUGUUAGACUUAAAUGGGAAGCAAAAGGGACACGUCCACGUUGGAUAGGAGAAAAUAUAUUCCCAAAGCUUAUUGAUCAUUGGAAUUCUGAUAAGUUUAAGGAAAUAUUUGAGCAGGCAAAGAAAAAUAGAGCAUCUGAAGUUGGUGGCUGCAACUACGCAGCGGGAAGUAUUAGUGUGGCUGAAGUUGCGCGAAGGAUGCGUGAAGAAUUAGGCAGAACUCCACUUCUUAAUGAGCUCCACAUGGAGACUCAUCUCAAGAGAAAUGGAGAGUUUAUUGACGAGCGCGCAAAAAUCACUCAAGAGAAUUUUGAUAAAGAACUUGCCAUAAAGUUGUCAGAGCAUCCUGAAAUACCCCAACCACCACCAGGGUAUCCUGUUGACCCCAGUAUUGGUUUUCAGACUUGGUAUAAGGUUUCAGGUGGAAAGAAGAAAAAUGGGAGAGUGUAUUGUACUGGAGGGUAUUCCAAAAAUAUCAAGCGGCGUAGUAGAGAUUUCAAAAUGAGAUAUGCUGAUGGAGAAGGAUCAUCCACUCCACCUAUAUUAACCGCCGAAAUGCUUGAAACUGUGAGAAACUUGGCAAAUACUGAGGCAGCACAACAAGUAGCAGCAAGAAAUUUGGAAAUUGAAGAGAUGAAGAGAAAACAAUUAGAGAUGCAGGUGGAAAUGCAAAGAAGAGAAAGAGAAUUACGGGAAGAAAUGAGGAGAGAAUUUCAGGAAGAAAUGAGGAGGCAGGCACAGGAAUAUCAAGAAGCAAUGCGAAUUGCAAAUGAACGGUCACAAAGUGUGUCUGGUAGUUCAUCUUCUUGGUGUUCAAAACUAUGGGGAAUGGGUUUAAAAGGAGCGACGCCAUGGAAGGGCCGAAGCUGGGAGACAUGGAAAACGGGGUGUAUCUUCGAAUAUGGAGGGAGGUCAAGAUGA